GGCCCCGCCUCCUCUCCGGGUUCUUUGAUCACGCGCCGGAGGGCUCUUCCGGGGCCGGAGCCAACCCACGGUGUUGCUGUCAGGGCUGCACGGCGGGAGGGAGCCCAGGGGAGGCGCCCUCCCGAGGCCACCGUUGCUCAUGCAGACCACUCAGCCAUCUGGCUACCGAUGUCAUGAGUAACACGACAGUGCCCAAUGCCCCCCAGGCCAACAGCGACUCCAUGGUGGGCUAUGUGUUGGGGCCUUUCUUCCUCAUCACCCUGGUCGGGGUGGUGGUGGCUGUGGUAAUGUAUGUGCAGAAGAAAAAGCGGGUGGACCGGCUUCGCCAUCACCUGCUUCCCAUGUACAGCUACGACCCUGCAGAAGAGCUCCACGAGGCGGAGCAGGAGCUGCUGUCCGACGUGGGGGACCCCAAGGUGGUACAUGGCUGGCACAGCAGCUACCAGCACAAGCGAGUGCCCCUGCUGGACAUCAAGACGUGACUUGCUGUCCACCCAGAUAGGUACAGGGGUGUGCAUUCUGAGAACGCCCUCAGCCGGCCCCGAGCCUACCAAGCACGGAUGGGUUUUUCCUCGCGGAGUGGGUGGCUGGGUGACGGCUUUGCUUUCUCUGGUCCGCUUGGACCUUGGGCACAACCCAAGAGGCCUCUGGAGUCGUUCCCAUGGCGACAGGCCCAGCUGUACAGUACCCAGUGUACAUAUUUUGUAAAUAAACUUUUGUGGCUCC